UACCGGACUCAAUUUUCAGUUUUGUAAUGUAGAAGAAGGAACCAGAGACAAACCUGACCUAUCCUUGCUCGAUUUCAGAGAAAAAAAGGGUCUGCUGGCUCUCGCAAAACGCAGAAGGUUAAUUGAAGGUCCAUCAAAAGGAAAAUGAAAGCCAAGAUUUGAAGAGGGAGCCAUGAGUUACUUGGCUAAAGCUAUUGAAAAUGUUAAAAUGAUGAGAACAAAAGCAGAUAAAAAUCUGAGAUGUCUUGAUAUUGGAAAAUGAGAUGCUUGCUUAUACAGAUCUUAAAGUUUCUUGUUCUUCUAUUAACACUUGAAAAAACUUAGUAGUUUGUUAGCCUAUUGGUUACAAAUUGUUGCAAACUUGAUUCCAUAUUGGCCCAUUGUAUGAUUUUAGAAAUUACUUUCUUAAGGAAUUAAAUGAAAGCCAACUUUGAGGAGAUCUGUUGUUUCUUUGGCUUGUUUCCAGUUUCAUUGGAACUGUUGAUCUUAAUUUCAAAAUAUUGUUACAGACUGAACUUAAGCCCUUUAGUCAGAGUGACUCCGAAGACUAAAGCUGCCAACUCAUUAUGAAUAACUUGAGAGUCACAUUAAUUUGGGUAACAAGCUGACUUUCCUGUUUGAUUCUGAUGGCUCAAGUUAAAACGAGGAGAAAAACUAGUGGCUACCAAAAAAAUAUGAUAAUUGGGCUGCUUUUGGGACUGGAUUUGCGAACAUGUGUGCAGUUUUCAAUCAUGAUCCAUAGUGGAAAUUUAACCCACAAAACUCAUUAUGAGAUCCUCGAUGUGAAGGAAGAUGCUAGCUUUGAAGAAAUUCGCGCAUGCUACCGAACUGCCAUUCUGAAUUUCCAUCCAGACAAAAUGCAAAUAACAUGUGAAACAUCAAAAGCAAACGAGUCGGGCUGUAGGUUUUUGGAGGUACAGAGGGCUUGGGAAAUCCUUGGAGAUUCGAAAUCUCGUGCACUCUAUGAUAACGAUCUGCAAUCUAUGCGGCAGGAUUCUGCAACUGCUGAAGAUAUCAGAUUAGAGGAUCUGUCAAUUGAAGAUGCUGGCGAUGUUUUCGAGCUUUUGUAUGACUGCAGAUGUGGUGAUUACUUCAUAAUCGAUUCGUCAGAGUUGGCAGAUAUGGGAUAUCCAUUGAUGAAAAAUGGGAGUGAAUUUUUUUUGCAAACGCCAAAAUCUCUACCACCAGUAUCCGUUGUUCUUCCUUGUGGUUCAUGCUCGCUUAAAGUCCGGUUGUUGAUUAAUGCUGAUAGUAAGCUGCAAACUGCGUUGAGUAAUUGAUAAUCAUUUCCCCCCCUUAAUCUGCAAUUUUGGUCUGAUAAGGUGAUAUAGGAUUAUCCAUGAUUUCCUGGAAUAUAACAGAUAAUUGAAAAAAUGACGGGAGAUUUUGAUUAAAGUUUGUACUGUGUAUUUCUCUAUUGUUAUGGCCUGUGGUGCUAUUAUUUGAAUUGCU